AUGGACUCGUCCCGGUUGGACUCGGGCGAUGACCAAACCCCAUAUGCACAGCGCAGCCGCCUUCUCGAUCCAUCAACCCACGAGAUCCGCCUCCUAACCUUCACCUACCCCCCUCUGCGCCCCUCCCUCAACGACACCCCGAACAACCCCAACCCGACAUACACCCUCACCCUCACCCUCACCUUCACCCUCACCCUCACCCUCGCCCUCGCCCUCACCCAUGCGCCCCUCUCUCACCCGACCGGUCCCUGCACCCCGCCGUCCUUCUCCGCCCUCUCCUACGUCUGGGGUCCGCCGGCAUCAUCAUCCUCCGCCGACCCGCCGCCGCCGACCGUGACCAUCGACGGCCACCGCGUCCCGGUGACGGCGAGCCUGCGGAGCGCGCUGGCCUGUCUGGCGCGCGAACGCUGGGCCGACGCGCUGUUUGGCAGCCAGGUUUCGAAAUAUUCCUCCUCCUCCUCCUCCUCCUCCUCCUCCUCCUCCUCCUCCUCCGCGGGCUGGGGGCGGGUGGAGGGGUUCGUCAAGACGGUGUUGCAAUUCGCCAUCACAGCUGCUGAUGGCGCGACGAGAAUGGGGCCCGCGCAGGGAAGGGCCCUGGUGGCGUGGCGCCGGCUGUGGAUCAUCCAGGAGGUGGUGCUCGCGCGCAAGGCGGUCUUGGUGCUCGGUACGGACCCCGAGGCCGGGGUGACGUGGAUUGGGAGGAUCGACCUGGGCAUGCCGUUGCUCGACGCCAUCCUCUGGACCUCCAUCGGCACAAGUCCGGACGGCGCCAUUCAAGCCACUGACUUGAGGGAUAAUAGGAUUUACGGCCUUCUGGGCAUGGUGCGGCAGCGGGAUCGAUGCAGGAUACCCGUUGAUUACUCUCCCGACAUGACGAUCAGCAAGGUACUUUUUUGCCACAUCCUCAGUUUCUGCCAAAGGACUCCCGAAAGCAUUGUGAGAGAGGGAGUCCGCUCCUGGGUGCCCGACUGGACCGCCCCUGGCGUGAUGCCCACAAUCGGUGGGGUCUUUCUCGAAGAGGACCAUGAGGCGCAGCUCCGUGGUAACGCAAGUGGGAGUACCAAUCGGCGAGAUUGGGUCUCGAAGUGCAGGAUUCAAGAUAUCACUUACGAUGACCCCGCGGUUUCGCUCCCCUGUGUACUGGUCGGAAGUGUCGAAAGAGUUGGUCAUGAGUUCAAGGCGGUUCCUACCUCUCCAAAUUAUCUCGACAACUGUCGCGACUGGCUGUUAGAAAUUGACGAAAUGGUCACAGCUAGCGGACGGGAUUCAGGGCGAGCAGAUGUUGAAGAUCCAAGCAGGUUCAUUUACGGAUUCAAAGUUCUUCGGGGGAGCGUUCUUCCCCCACCUGACUUGGGAACUGAUGACGCCAAGAGGGAGUGGAUCAUGUCUGAAUCCUGGGAUUACCGGAGAGCAUGGAAGGCACACAAGCGGAGGGCGUUUGUUGACCCCUUUGGGCGCCCCGGCUUGGGACCAGCAGACAUGGUCACCGGUGACCAGAUCGCGGUGCUAGCUGGGGCUCAGUUGCCCUUCCUACUCAGGGGAGAUAAUGCUGCCGGCACUCACCCGGUGUCGGAGGGAACGCUAUUCAAAUGGCUCAAGCUCGUUUAGCUAACUUGGCCACAUCUGUGAUUAACUUCCUCGCCAGUGAUUCAAUACCCUGC